UCACGUUCUACUUUUGCUUUUCGUGCGUAGUUUUCUCCCUCGGUCGUCUUUUCGUCGAUUCGGAAAUCUUCGUGCGCUUGUUGAACAAGCCGUGUUUGCCGUAGUACAAUUACUGUAGAUUUGACUUUUGUUUGACCCCAAUCCCACACAGUUGACAUGCCCUGAUAUACACAACCUGAAACUCCUGCUCCUAUUUUCAGACAGAACAAAACAUUAGUUAUCCAUCCCAAGCUCGUUGUUUGAUUUUGUUUUUAUUCAAUUUGACUCACCUCCAAGCAUCAUGUCCACCACCCGUCCCCAGGCUGUCGCCUCGAGCGAGGAGGCCCUCGAGGGGAUGCUCACCCGGCAUUUCAAGGAGCUCUCCGGUUGGAAGGCGGAGCUCGACAAAUUUGACAUUUCCAACGCCCCCGCCAGUCAACAGCAGAACAACCUGAACUAUUUGCCGAAUUCCGGGUCGUUGCUCUCCGACCCAAACCGCGGGUCUUUCAAUUCCCCGGAAACGGGCGCCUUGCGCACGCUGGACGGCAUCACGCAGCAGGCGGAAAGCAUGAAGGACAGCGAGCGGCUGCGGGCGGCCGAGAGAAAGACCCCCGCGGAGGCGAGACUGUGGCAGCGACCGAAGAGCUUUUCGGAAAGGAGACCCAACGAGAUAGAACAAGUGCUGAGGCAGAUCGAGGUAAUUUUUACUUACUUGUUAUGAAGAAGACAGCAUCAAUACAGCAAUGCAUUUUUUAAGUAGUAGGGCAAUCGCACAUGUUGAUCUUCAUUCUCGGCAUUUAACUACUACAUUCUUAGCAUCACAAACCAGUCAAACUCAUUGGUCGUUUCAUUAGUCGGAGGGUCGCACGAGCACGACCGCAUGACAUCAAAUUUCCUUCUCAAAUAUCCAAAAUCUCAGGACGCCGCGGCGCAACUGGGCGACCGGAUUCGCUCCGAGCCGGCGGUGUUGCCGCGAACCUUUUUGGAAGAUCUGGAGGCCCUGAUCAGGCAGAACGUGAUCCUGAAAACGGAGAGCGAAAAAACCUCCGUGCGCAUGCUGGACCUGCAGGACGAAGUGACCAUAUGCAUUGCAAAUAUGUCUGGGUCUGGAAGAUUGCAACUUGUGAUGCUAACCUUGGAGUCUAAAAAAAUUUGUACUAUAGCAUAAAGAGCAGGAGGACUCCAGUUGUUGCUAUGGGGAUCCCGCAUUUCUCAUGCGGGAUAGGCAUGAUCAAGAAGCCCGUAAAGUAGAACCUGUGAUGCUAGAGCAUGCAUCACAAACAUCAUGGGUCAUACAAAAUGUGCAUGACAAGCGUUCCACUCUCCCAGACCCAGACAUAUUUGCAGUUGAUACACCAGGUUGCGACACGAUGCGGACCGAAAUCAGGAGACCUUCGAUUCCAUGCGCGUCACUCUGGCGAAGACAACGAACGUAUAUAAUUUUGUUCGUGUUCUUAUUCUUUGUUGAUUCUGCAUGACAGAGCUCACUCUUUUUCGUAGUUUUGCAUUGCAGACUCUAGGAGCUUCUACUUCUUAUACCUCUCUGCACGUUGUAUGCAGUAGAACAGCAUCACAAAUUAUACGACGUAAAAAUCACAGGAACGCAACGAGCUUGCCGAGGAGUGUCGGCACGGGCUGGCGAUGCAGGAGCGCGACGAGUAUGCCCGGCAGAUUGUCCGGGCGCAGAAGCAGUGCACGGAGUACGAGAAGCGCAUCCAGGAACUGGAAGACUUGGUCAAGUCUCAGGACCGCAAGAUCGAGCAGGGCGCGGCGGAGCGGGAGCGGCUGAAAUUCCUGGGCCGGAAGCAGGCGGAAAAGUUCAAGGAAGACGUGGCGAGGUUAGUGUCGGAUAAGAAGGCGCUGCGGGCGUUCCUCGAGAAGAUGCAGUCGACCAACGAACCGGAUCUGUCGUUUCUGCAGUCCUCGUCGGCGUUGCUGUCUGGAGUCGGGCUCAACGCGCAGACGGAAGACGCCUUCAUGGAGCAGAGCAUCCUGCAGACGGUUGGGAACGGGAGUUUGAAAAAGGGUAAUAUGCUCGGUGGUGGAGCUUCGGUACAAAGCGGACGCGGGGGAUCGAUGAAAAAACCGUUUUACUAGAAGAUCUGGUGCGGAGUAGAUUUUUUUCAUUGUCGAAAUGCGGACGCAGUUUCUCGUUUUUGAAUCUGAAAAAUGUGAACGUGAUUCCCAUUCCAAGUACACUACAGUCAUUUUGUUUCGCUACGUCUUUAUGUGCAUGUCCUCCUGACUACCCCACACUAGUAACGCUGUCUACUUACUGAGUACUAGUUUUUGAUAUGUUCGUUGUGCGUUUAUGCUUAUGAAUGUUCCUGUCACUACUUCUAGUAUUCCAGCUUGACUCAGUUUUUCCUCAGCUUGUUCCAGAUGUACCCAUGUUUUUCCGAAGACGUGCAUUUUCUUGUUCCAACUUGGCGUAAGAUGUUUCUCCAUCGUGCACACGGACGCACUCCCUCUCAGUAAGCGAAAGAACCUACGCAUGCAGCAUCAAGAUUGUCGGCUGACUCUGAUCCUGGAGGAGGAAU